AUGGUGGGGGUGGGACAAGAGGCCCCGAGGGUCCCCCUGGGAAUCCAGGGCAGCCCAGGACGCUUCCUGCGCGCUGGAUCCGGCUCCGGGGGUCACCAGCCCCUCAUUUCCCCACCUAUUCGCCCUCCUUCGAAAUCGUCUAUGCAGUUAGUACACACAGACAGACAGACAGACAGGCGGGCAGACCCCGACACGGCCCCGGCGCUGUCCGGGGGUCUCGUGCGGCCCUACCUCCUCCGGCGGGGCGGGGGCUCCGGGCCCCGAGCGCUCCCCGGCCGGGCGGCGGCCCAAGCGGAGUCCGCUCGGCACCGGCCGCGGCUCCUUCAUCAGCCCGCCUCUCUCCUGGCUACUUGUGGCGGCGGCGGCGGCGGCGGCGGCGGCCGACCCCGGCUGGUCCUUCCCUCCCGCUCCGCCGCUGCCGCUCCGCCCCGCCCCGCCCCGCCCCGCCCCGCCCGCACUCCAUCAUCCUGCCCCCCCGGUGCCCCGGCGCCCCCGACGGACCCAGCCCCGGCCACGGCCCCGCCCCUGACCCCAAAGGCUUCCGCGCCGGGCGGAGGGGCCCUGGAGACCCCCGCCCACCCCCGACAGACGUCCCGGGGACGGGCGAGGCCGCCUCUCAUCCUCCUCUACACCCCGGGAUGGGCAGGCCGGAUCCCCGACAGAGGACUCUUCGCCGUCAGCCAGGACCUGCUGCCUUCCCAGUCCCGAACUUCCGAGCCCUUCCCCUUCCUGACGCCUCCCUGCACCCCCCCCCCCAACCUCGCCCGGACCCCCACUUCUUUGCCCGAAGCUGAGCCCCUAAAACCCCCUUCGUAUGGACCUGGAGCUGAGGUCCUGCUCCCGGAGCCCUGGGCUUCCCGGGCCUGGUUCUUCUGGACCUAA